AUGGGAGACCGUGGCAUCAUAAUGGACUUCUUCUUAGCCAGUAUCGCCACAAGUGGUGCCUGUCUCGUCUCGAACCCCAUGGAAGUUGUCAAAACACGUAUGCAAUUACAAGGGGAGCUAGCUCCAAAAGUUACACGACGUGGUAUACACUCUGUAAUACAAUAUCGUAAUUUUGCCCAUGCGUUUUAUACCAUUGGACGGACGGAAGGACUUUAUGGGAUUCAACGCGGUCUUGGACCGGGGAUUUGGUAUCAGAUUUUCAUGAAUGGACCACGAUUAGGGUUAUUUGAACCUUUGCAAAAAGUGUAUGGUGCUACCGAUCCAACUGCCCUGUCCUAUCCAUUACGGAACAUUUGUGCUGCUGCGACGUCUGGUAUGAUUGGUGCAUCAAUUGGGAGUCCCUUUUAUCUUGUGAAAGCAAGAAUUCAAGCUGCUAGUUCAGUAGAAACAAUCAAUGCACAAUAUGCAUAUAAUGGAAUGAUGGACGGAUUUCGACAAAUUGUCAAGACAGAUGGAUGGAAAGGACUUUAUCGUGGUGCGACAGCAUCGAUUCCACGUGUUGCGAUUGGUUCUGGUACACAGUUGGCAACGUACACACAAGCAAAGACACUGGUGAUUGCUGCAGGCUUUGAGGACGGUAUAAAGGUUCAUUUGGGCUCGAGUAUCUUGACGGGUCUGGCGGUGACGACGGCUAUGAACCCGAUGGAUGUAGUGUCGACGCGGAUAUACAGUCAAAAAGUGGUGAAUGGCAAGGGCAAGUUGUACUCGGGUGUGAUGGAUUGCAUCGUGAAGACCUUGAAGAGUGAGGGUAUUCGAGGCUUCUACAAAGGCUGGGCGGCACACUACAUGCGGCUAGGUCCGCAUACUAUCUUCACAUUCAUCUUCUGGGAGGAGGUCAAGAAAAUUGCUGCAGAGCUUGGAUACUAA